UCAACAAAAUUGAAAAAAUGGCGGAUUUGUUGGCAAAACAAGGAAUCUAUUUCGAUGAAGUCGAUAAAGUGUGUAUUCUGGAGCCGGAAAUAUCGAAACAGACCAACGACUUGAAAGAAACGUGCCAGAACUAUGUGGAAAGGAUGGACGAGUUUCAAAAAAUUGCCAACAAAUUCAUUGAAAUGGUGGACCAGUUGGGCAAAGAAGUGGAAAACCAGAAAAUCAAGGCCAUUGGGGCCCGAAACAUUUUGCAAAGCAUGGAGAAACAGAAGGAAACCAACCAGCAGCAGCUUCAAGCCGUCAUUGCGGAGAAAUCGAUCGAAUUAGAAAGGCUCAAGAUCCAGUUGAAUUCGUUGCAAAAAACCGAAAUGGAACAAAACGAAAUAAUCAAUGAAUUAACACACUGCUAAGCAGUCCUGUUCGGCAGUUAGCGACACUGAACAGAUCAAAACGUUGAUUUGUUCAGGCGACGGACAACCAAUCAGGAGUAACUCCUCAUCACUGUAUCCGCAAGUGGCCAACGUUUGCCCAACUUGCACAAAAACGUUAAUUACAUUAUUCUGAAAACAUUAAAAUUAAUAAACAGUAAUCGGGGACCAAA